GAGACAUAACUGAUUUGAGCUUUAACCUUUCGGUGUUCUACCCGUUUGUGGAAGGCCGGCCUUAGAAAGGGUAACAGAAGGUCGCAGCAAAGAAGACAUGGAAAAGCUUGUUGGCUUCCAUGUUGCCGUGAGUGCUUAGACUACUGGACGGCGCCGCCAUGCCCGGUCUUUUCAUCACUAUCAAGACGGGACUAUCCAUCAUGCUGUCGGCUACCGUUCACGGUGAACCGAUGGCGCCCCUCCAUCACAUAAGUCAAUACUUCCUCCCCACUCUGGAUGAAGGUCACUGUGUUCAACGUUCAGACCACUCUGGAUACUCGAAAUCGAGAAACGUGCCACUCUUCGGUAUAGAAUCAAGGCAAAAGGAUGUCUGCCGUCUCCGGAUGCACCAAGAAAUCGGUCUCCCAGACCAGUCGGGAUGCCUCGCAAAAAUGACCCAUUUUAAAUUCCGUAUUGCUUCCUUAACUGACGCUCACCCCUUUCCUUCUUCUUUUUGCCUUUUCCUUUUUUUUCUUCUUUUUUUUCCCCCCAAAAGCGCUCGACAUCAGAAAAUCCCAUGCACCAUCGAGAGGCUCGGAUACUCUUUGUCAGACACUUGUCUGGCUUUUGUGUCACCCUUCCCCAAAUAGUUGAGGUUUCCAGCAGAGCACCAAUGAAUGGACAGAAAUAGAGGUAGCUAGGUACAUUACACAAGCCAGGGACGCACCGAAGACACUCGUACAUAGCGGAAUAGGUAGCAAUAC